AGACGUUACAGCUCACCGGCGUUGGCCCGGGGGGGGGGUGUCGCGGCCGGCCCGGUGUCCCGGCCGGCCCGGGGAAGUCGCAGGUGCUGCCAUGGCAGCUGCUCCCCAUCUCAUCCUGCAGCCACCGGAGCACCCGGGGCAGCCGCUGGAGAACCCAAGGCAGCAGCAGGAGCACCCGGAGCAGCUGCCAGACCCGGAGCAGCAGCAGAAGCAGCAGCGGGAUCACUUGGAGCAGCCACUGGAGCAGCGGCUGGAUCACCCGGCGCAGACACUGGAGCACCGGAGCAACCUGGAGGAGUCACCCGAGCAGCGUCGAGCCGCUGACAUCAUCCACCUCCUGAGCCUCUACCGGCCCCUGAUCGACGCCUUCGUCAUUGUGAGUGUCCCCGCAUCUCCCCUGGCCCCCCUCGGCCAUGUCCCCCCAGCCGUGCCCCCCGCACUAAGCCCCCUCCCGCAGGAUUUCUUCACCGAGCGGCUGUGGGCGCAGCUGCCCCCGGCCUGGCAGCCCGCCCUGGACAGUGCCACCCCCCAGCAGCUGGCCGGGCUCCUGGGGGGCCAUGGUGGUCCUGGGGCCGCCUGGCCCCUGUCCCUGCUGGCCUUCGCCGCCGCCGCCCGGGCCCUCGCCUUCCCCCGGGGCUGCCCGUGGGGGACCCCGCACCAGAGCCCCCGCCUGCACCCGCUGCUGCGCCGCCACAUCAAGCUCAAAAAGCAGCACGAGAUCCAACGCCUUGGCAAGCUGCUGCGGCGGCUGAGCCAGAGCACCGGCUGCCAGCGCGUGGUGGAUGUCGGAGCGGGACAGGGCCACCUCUCCCGCUUCCUGUCCUUCGGCCUCGGCCUGUCGGUCACGGCGGUGGAGAGUGACGGCCGCCUGGCCGGGGUGGCCAAGUGCUUUGACUGGGAGCUGCUGCGCGAGCUGCGGAAAACGGGGGCCUCGGGGCACGGGGGGCACCCCCGGCGCCGCCCAAACCACCCCGCGAGGCCCCUCACCCCCCGCGCCCCGCGCCACGUCCCCGGGCGCCUCGACCCCGCCGCUCCCUGGGGGGAAUUCCUGCUGCCCCCCGACCCGCCGGGACCCGACCCCGCCGCCCAGAACCCGCUGGGGGGGCCGGGGGGCUCCGAGGACGGGGGGCCGGUGCUGGUGACGGGGCUCCACGCCUGCGGCGACCUCAGCCCCGCGCUGCUGCGCCACUUCGCCCGCAGCCCCGCCGUGGCCGCCGUGGCCUCCGUGGGCUGCUGCUACAUGAAAGUGUCGACCGCCCCGCAGGCCCCUGGCUGCCCCCCGCCGGGGUACCCCCUGAGCGCCACGGUGGCGGCGCUGCCGGGCCACCAGCUGUCGUACCGGGCGCGGGAGGCCGCGUGCCACGCGCGGGAGGAGUACGAGGGGCGGCUGCGCAGCGGCGGCGCCCGCCUGUGCACCCACUGCUACCGCGCCGCCCUCGAGAGCCUCAUCCAGGCCGCCGACCCUGCCAAGAGGCACCUGGGCCUGCAGGCGGGCAGGAACGCGCACGCCCUCGGCUUCCACCAAUACGCCCGCCUGGGGCUGCGCCUGGCAGGGCUGGACCCGUCGGGGGUCCCGCUGGACUCGGGGGCCGUGGAGGCCAUGCUGGAGCAGCAGCACAAGGUGCUCGCGUUCUGCACCCUGAAGCAGCUCCUGGCGCCCGUCGUGGAGACCCUCGUGCUGCUCGACCGCCUGCUGUACCUGCGGGAGCGAGGUUUCCACUGUGCCCUCGUGCCCCUCUUCAACCCCCUGUUCUCUCCACGGAACCUGGUGCUCGUGGCCGCGCGGACCCCGCUGGCCGCGGUGCUGGCCGAGGACAGCGAGGACGGGGACAGCAGCGAGGACGAGGACCCAGGGGGCUGAGAGCCCCUCGGGGAGAGCAGAGCCCCCCUGCCCCGGGCACAAACCACAAUAAACCCGCGAUUUUUACUGCCCA